AUGUCAAAAGUAAAAGAUGAACGAUAUAAUUAUUUAUCCUAUACUGGAGUAAAAGAAGAUGAAGAAAUUGUUGAGAGAUUUAAAACUCGUUGGUCAAAAGUGGUUCCGUGUGAUCCUCACAUUGACUUGGAUAAAUUUCAAUUAAUUCGAACACUAGGACGUGGAAGUUUUGGUCGAGUUGUUUUAGCAUUAUUGAAAGUAGAAAAUGCAGUAAAAGUGGGGGGUGGAAUGGAAGGAAAUAAAUUUUAUGCUAUUAAAGUAAUGGAUAAAAAGAAGUUGGUACGUUUAGAUGAAAUUUAUCCACUGUUUACCCAGAGGAUUUUUUUUAUACCAAAAAUUUCCUUUGCACGCAUUAGCUAUGUUUUAACCCAUUUAACAGCAUUAAAUAUUAAUAAACUCACAUGCGUUAAGUGA